AUGUUGAAGAAAACAAAAAAUUAUAUUUGUCAGAGGAGUGAUAAUUACAAAACGAGAUUCGUAAUUGAUUUGUUUAUGUUUUCCACGCUUUUCAACGGAAUCAAUUGUCAUUGUAAUCAAAAUCAAAGUGAUUGGAAUGAAAGAAGUUUCGGAUUAGGUUCAACCCAUAGAGUCGGUUUUUUCGGUCAUAGAAAAAGACUGCAAUUUGCUCUUUUGCCAAUAAUGUACAAAAUGGGCGUUAUGACGACAUUACUAACAGGUCUCACUGUACUUGCUCUUAAAGGAUUAACAAUUGGAGUGAUUUUACUUUUUUUUGCUUUUGGAAAUCAUUUUGUAAAAUAUGGAAAAUUAUCUGGUCACUCUUCACAACCCAUUCACGUUCACGUUCAUCCAAAUAAUGAUAAACACGUGACAUAUACUAAAUAUCAUGAUUACGGAGGUGAAACAUAUUCAGGUACAAAGUUUACAAAAUGA